AUGAAGAGAAAAAGAACAAGUGAAAGUGGUGAAAGAGGUGAAAGAAAGGAAGAAGAUAGACUCAGUGAUUUACCUUAUGAAAGAAAGGAAGAAGACAAACUGAGUGAUUUACCAGAUGAAGUUCUUCAACACAUGAUGGAGUUUUUGCCAACAACACAAGCUAUUAAAACUUGUGUGUUAUCUAAACGAUGGAAGAACCUUUGGAAAGGCCUCACCACUCUAACUUUCAAACCAUUCAAAGGAAUUCGCAAAUACAACAGAUAUGUAGUGAAUCAUGUUCUCUCUCAUCGAGAUGAUUCUAUUUCCCUUCACAAGAUGUCUUUGACACUUUAUAAUUCCACUAAAGUCCUCAACAAUGCCAUCAAAUACGCCUCACAACACCAUCUUCAGGAGUUGCAACUCUUGAUUAUGGAGUUCAAACAAACACCCAAUUCUUUCAUUCCCCUUUUUAUCAAUUGCAAAUCCUUAACCCUUCUUGUCAUUUUCUCCAAUUCCAAUUCUGCCCCCUUGACACUUCCACCAUCUUUUGCGAUACCAUCUUUGAAAAAUUUGUUUCUCUUCAAUGUCAUUUUCACAGCAAAAGAUGACAAUAACUGCGUUGAACCCUUCUCAGAGUGCACUUCGUUGAUAUCUUUGGUCCUUGAACGUUCCAUGCAUACUCAUUCAACAAAAACUCUGUGUAUAUCAAACCCUAGCCUUUCUGUUUUGAAUAUGAAAAACAUACUUUAUUGGCACGAUUUAGAACCUGAAAUUGUGCUUUUUGUUCCUAAACUCAAAUCGAUCACAUUCGAGAAUGAUCGUUUUUCCAUGCGCUAUAGAUUCUCUUGCACUUGCGAUCUCCCUCUCCUUACCCGAGUAAAAAUCAGCAAUCAUGUUUAUGUAGAUCCUUCCAUCAUCGUAAAUUGGUUACGAAUCUUCUCCAACGUAAGAAAGUUGACAAUUUGUUCUCGUACCCUAAAUAUGCUUAAGGAUAUAUGUCCGGAUACAUUGGAAAUUCAACCUCCUCGCUUUGCUAGAUUGAGAUCAUUGAAAAUCAAAAUGCAUUCUAGAAUGGUGAUGUCUAAAACUGAAUUAAACAUGAUAGUGAGUUACUUGUGGAAUUGUCAAACAACAAAUGUUAAGGUGAUAGAGUGCCAAAAGUCAUGA